AUGGUGGCCUUGACCUGGCUCGGCGCGACAGCAGCCCUCGUGCUCUCCGCAUGGCCAACUGCAGCCUCUGUAAACCCGGGCUUCCGCAAAGCGGCCAGCCCGAGCUACCGCAGCAGUGCCUCGGCCUGCCCUGAGCGCUGCAGCGACGCCGGCCCCAACACGGGAAACUGGUCCGUGUACGCGGACUUCAAGCAGAUCCACAAGUGCAAGGAGACCAUGUUCUACGACUUCUCUCUGUUCGACGAUGUCGAUGACCAGAACGGAACCCACCGCAUCCAGGCUUGCUCGUCAUAUGGGCCAGAUUUUGCCAGUCUCCCUGCCUCCACUGCGCGGAUUGCUUCCGCCGAGUUCGUUGAUGUUGAGUUUGAACUCGGCUGGUGGCAUGAGGGGUUCGGCCUGGCGGCUGCUGGACUGCGGUCGAUUGUUAAGCAGAUGCGCCGGUAUGCCGAGGGUGGGCAUGGGCGGACGGACAGGCCGUUUAUCAUCUAUGGCCAGUCUGGGCAGGCAACGAUUGGCCUGUAUAUUGGGCAGGGUCUGCUGAAUCAGGGGCUCAGCGAGUCUGCGCUGAAGCUGUUCCAGGAUAACCUUGACAAGCUCGAGGUCUCCACGCCAAGCCUGGCCAUGCAGCUCUGCGAGGAGGGCUACGAUAGCACGCACGUGUAUGGUAUCAUGGCGACCAGCAAUGGGACCUUCGCCCCCAUCCAAAGUGCCAUCAAGGCUUGGGCCAACGCAACGUGCCUGUCGUUCUCGGGGUCCACCAAGUUCGCUGGCUCGGCCAAGUUCACCACGCCGCUUCUGAAUGGGAACCACACGACCUCCAAUUCAACUAUCCUGGCUCGCAAUCUGGCUCUAAACCUCGUUACCCGUGCCGACGGCAAGUGUAGGACUGUACAGGUUGACGCUGGCACCGGCUGCCCAGAACUGGCAGUGAAAUGCGGCAUCUCGGGUGCCGAUUUCACCAAGUACAACCCUGGCGAGGGUUUCUGUUCCAACUUGAAGCCUAAGCAGCACGUCUGCUGCUCCAGUGGAGAUCUUCCUGAUUUCCGCCCCCAGCCCAACGAAGACGGCUCGUGCAAGGCAUACCAGAUCCAGGCCGAUGACAACUGCGACAGCCUUGCUGCGGAGUACAGUCUCGAGAAGGAAGAUCUCGAGAAGUUCAACAAGAACACUUGGGGCUGGAAUGGUUGCGAGAUUCUGUUCAAGGAUACGGUCAUGUGCUUGAGUGAGGGUACGCCACCCUUCCCUGCGGAGAUCCCCAACGCAGUGUGCGGUCCGCAGAAGCCAGGCACAAACCCACCAACGGAUGGCUCAGACAUCGCCGAUCUCAACCCUUGUCCGUUGAACGCAUGCUGCAACAUCUGGGGCCAGUGCGGUAUCACCGCGGACUUUUGCAUCGAUACCAACACCGGCGCCCCAGGCACUGCCAAGCCAGGCACCUACGGGUGUAUCUCUAAUUGCGGGAUGGAUGUCGUCAGGGGCUCUGGAUCAGGCGGGGUCAAGAUCGCCUACUAUGAAGGCUACUGCCUGAGCAGACAGUGCCUGUUCCAAGACGCCUCACAGAUCGAUACCUCGCAGUACACGCACCUCCACUUCGGCUUCGGCACGCUGACUGACUCGUGGGACGUAAAGACCGGCGACGUGCUGUCCACUUACCAAUUCGGCGAGUUUAAGAGAAUCUCUGGCGUCAAGCGGAUCCUCUCAUUCGGUGGCUGGGACUUUUCAACCAUGCCUGAGACAUACCAGAUCUUCCGCAACGGCGUCAAACCUGCGAACAGGCUCACGAUGGCGACAAAGAUUGCCAACUUCAUCAAGGAAAAUGACCUUGAUGGAGUCGAUAUCGACUGGGAAUACCCCGGUGCGCCUGACCUCCCUGACUUCGAUCCCGGUACAAAGGAAGACGGUCCCAACUACCUGGCCUUCCUUGUCAUUCUCAAGAACCUUUUGCCGGGAAAAUCCGUCUCCAUUGCCGCUCCUGCGUCUUACUGGUACUUGAAGCAGUUCCCCAUCAAGGACAUUGCCAAGGUCACCGACUACAUUGUCUACAUGACCUAUGAUCUCCAUGGGCAGUGGGACGCCCAUAACAGUAACUCCCAAGAAGGCUGUGCCAAGGGCAACUGUCUGCGCAGCCAGGUCAACCUGACAGAGACAAGACAGUCAUUGGCAAUGAUCACCAAGGCAGGUGUUCCUGGCGAAAAGGUUAUUGUUGGUGUGACAAGCUACGGGCGAUCCUUCAAGAUGGCGGACGCAAAUUGCUGGGGACCCGACUGUUUGUACACUGGUGACCGCUUGAAUUCCAACGCGAAAAAGGGCAAAUGCACUGGCACAGCUGGGUACCUUGCCGAUGCUGAAAUCGCCGAGAUCAUGAAGGAUUCCUCUCGAGUCGUCAAGAGCUAUGUCGACACAACCAGCAACAGCGACGUCCUCAUAUAUGAUAAUGAUGAGUGGGUCGGCUACAUGAGCGCCGCCACCAAAAAGGUGCGCACCUCUUUGUACGCUGCGUGGGGAUUGGGAGGCACCACUGACUGGGCCACCGACCUGCAAACGUACCACGAUGUCCCCAAGCCGGCGUACAGCUGGGCCAACUUCAUCGCACUUGCCAGCUCCGGAGGGGACCCAAAGACGGACCACACGCGGAACGGGAACUGGACUGACUUUGACUGCACAGCCCCGGCCGUUGUGGAUUUCCUCGACUACACCCCCUCGCAACGGUGGAGGUUGAUGGGCGCAGACGCGGCAUGGGACGACAUUGUCCGGAUUUGGAAAGACACCGAUUCUCAACGCGGUCGUGUUAAUUUCAGCGCGUCAGUCGAGAGUACCACCCACUUUGGGGGUCAGGCGGGCUGCGGUGUCAUGACCACUGCGGGCUGCACCAUCGUGGAUUGCGAAAAGGGUGCAGACAGUGACACCUCGGGCCCCGCGGCCAUGUUCAUCUCAAACUCGUUGGCGGAAAUCCAUGGAAUGUACAAGAGCUACUACGACACCUUGUUCAAGGCUCUCACCAUUGUCAGCACAGCUCUUGAUGAUAUGGAGAACAAGUUCGCGCCUAUCCCGCCGAAAGAAGACGAGACCUGGCAAUUGAUCCUCAUCGACAUGAUUACGCUUGGCGCCCUGGGAACUGCCGGUCCGUUUUUCAACACGUUUCUGAAGAAGCACGAUUGGUUUGCUGGGAAGACGGGCAGUGCCCUGGAUAACGUAAAGGAUACCACCAUGACCCUCAUCGGACAAAGUACAACCAUCGCCAAGGACGCCUUACCUGGAGGGACCGAGGCUGAGUGGACGCCGGAGAAACAGGAUGAGUUCUCAGCCUAUCUGGGGCAGGUCGUCUAUGGCUGGGCCAAUAUUACGUCUCUUGCGCUGGAAAAGCUCUUCCUCGGAUCCCCCGAGGCGAUUGACGCUCUCUGGCAAGCUAUGUCUGAUGGAAAGCUCAUCAAUGGUAAGAAGGAAGGCGACCUCCCCACGACGGGAAAUGAACAGAAUGAGCUGCUCGCCAACAUCAACAAGUGUAUCAUUGGCUUCGCCCUCCCCGCCCUGUGGCGACAAUCUGGCUCGUACACGUUUAUUAUCGACGCGGGUCACGCUUGUAAUGAAGACAAGGAUCUCAGCGACUACCUUGACAACGACACGAUGGGCGCCACGGGUGUCUGUGUAGACAACUGGCAGUACUACCUGGCGUAUCCGGACGGCGAUGCAACAAAAUGCACCUGCGAGCGUGUCACCGAUGCCGGCCCCUGUCAGACAAUCUGCAGAGACAACAAGUUCUCUGCGCCCAAGGGAAUCGAGUACAUCUCCGACGGGCAUAACUACAACGGCAUCACGAAGACCGAGCUGGUCAAAGGCUCCGUCCGCACCUGGAUCGGAAAUGGCAGGGAGAACGGCGCCAAGGUGGCCGACCCGACCAACGAGGGCACCAUGUCCGAACUGAUGGAGGUCGACGUCACGACCCCCGGCUUCAUGCGGAUCCCUGUCUGCAGCCCCGAGCGCGCCUUCCAGUCCUGGGACACAGCCAACAAGGACUCGAGCCCGAACUGGCCCUGCGAUAUCCCGCCGGGCAAGGACGAGUGCGGGGACUCGACCUUUGUGGACCAGACCAGCGGCGCAUCGCCCCAGGUUGAGGACUGCCGCCAGAUCAUCAAGAACAUCGAGGGUGAUGGCAGCACCGACUGGACCACCCAGGUUGUCGGCCAUAAGCAGCGCGAGGUUGCCAGUCAUGCCAGCUGUCAUUUCGGCGUCGAGGCUACCAAGACUGACGGCAACGUCAACUUCAAGGUCGGCGGGCAGGAUGUUAUUGAUAUCAUCAACAGCGCUAUUGCUCAAUUUGGUAGGGACGGGCUGAUCGGUGCAAAGGGUGAUAUGAAUUGCAACGGCAAUAUAAAGAGCCAGCCGGUUCUGUGGGGGAUCUACUAG